UCCAAAAAACAUUCCCCCCACUAAACAUGCCCAUUUCUUCUCCACACUCUAAACCGCCACCACCACCACCGUCUCCGCCACCGCACCACCACCGUACCACCGCCACUCUCAGAUCCUAAACCACUAGCUAUUCUCCACUCCAAUUAUCUCAUCCUCAAUCACUCUUCUCACACACACACUACGCACCACCACUUUUUCCACUUUUCCGAACAAAAAAAAACCACAAAUUAUGAGCUCUAAUUGCUCUUCGAGUUAGGGUUUCUCUGUUUCCAAUGGAGAAGAAGGUGUACGAAGUCUGGAAAGGCCGGAAUAAAUUCUUUCUUGGAGGGAGAUUGAUAUUCGGUCCAGAUGCUAAGUCUCUACUUGCUACAGUUUCACUGAUUGUUGUUCCGGUUAUUAUUUUUUGCGUAUUUGUUGGAAGACAUCUUCGUCAUCAAUUCCCGUCAUAUAAUGCAGGAUAUGCCAUAAUUGUUGCUGCAAUCGUCUUCACAAUCUAUGUAUUGGUGUUGCUUCUUCUUACGUCAGCCCGUGAUCCCGGGAUUGUUCCCCGUAACUCACAUCCACCCGAAGAAGAAUUUACGCAUGAAACCGGGGGAAGACAAACACCAGCAUUACAAUUUCCAAGAACCAAAGAAGUGUUGUACAACGGGAUCACGGUUAGAGUCAAAUAUUGCGACACGUGUAUGCUUUAUCGGCCUCCUAGGUGCUCUCAUUGUUCCAUUUGUAACAAUUGUGUCGAACGAUUUGAUCAUCAUUGUCCUUGGGUGGGGCAAUGCAUCGGGCUGCGGAAUUAUCGGUUCUUUUUCCUAUUUGUUUCUUCAUCAACACUUCUAUGCAUCUAUGUAUUUUCGAUGUCGGCUUUAUACAUUAAGAUUUUGAUGGAUGAUUAUGAGAGUACUGUUUGGAAAGCCAUGAAAGAAUCCCCUGCUUCGGUUGUAUUAAUGGCUUAUUGUUUUAUUUCACUCUGGUUCGUUGGUGGACUCACGGGCUUUCAUCUUUACCUUAUUGGGUCAAACCAGACGACCUAUGAGAACUUCCGGUACAGAGCAGACAGCAGGUACAGCGUUUAUAGUCGAGGUUGCGUAAACAACUUUUUCGAAGUUUUCUGCACGAAAAUUAAGCCAUCAGCAAACAACUUCCGAGCUCCAUUUCAAGAAGUGCAACGACCGCCUCCGGCCGCCGCUCGAGAAUCUGCCACCCAUGAUGGGGGCCCGGAGGACCGCCGUGUGAAGGUGGAAGAUGACCUGGAUAUAGGCGGGGAUCUAUUGAAGAUUUCUCAACGUCAUAACAUUGAAGGGAUUGAAUCAGAUAUACGUAGCAGAGGGAAUGAUGAAGAUUAGCUUUUUCGGUUAUGGUAUGGUUUUAGUUGGUUGAAUUUGAUGAGGGUGUGGAUGAUGUAAAUGUUCGAGAGGGCAAAAUUGUCAUUUUGAGUUGUGGUUAGUUGGUUUUGGUUGAUUGAUGCAUUGGUGUGUUCUUUAUGGAUUGAUUUUGUGCUACUUGGGUUUAUUCCGUGUAAAUUAAACUAUUCAAUGCUUAUUGUGAACAUGAUGAA